CCUGUAGAAGUAAAAAUGCAGAAUAUUUUAACAGACAGAACUUCAGUGGAAGUCAACUUCAGGCCCAAAGCUGGACUACCCAAUAUUAGUGAUAGGCUCCAAGAGCAAAUUGUAAAGAAUUCAAUUGAAACAGCAAUAUUGUGUGAACUAUACCCAAGAUCAUCUGUAGUUAUUACUAUCCAAGAAAUGCAGAACUAUGGAGGGCUCAUUGCCUGUGCAAUAAACGCUACAUGUGCAGCACUACUUAAUUCUGGAAUAGAUAUGCGGUUUCUUUUGGCUGCAGUUAAUUGUACAGUGGAUAAAGAUAACGAGCUACAUUUAGAUCCAGAUCAAAUUGAAAGAGACCAUGCAAAAGCUGCAUUCACAUUUGUAUUUGAUAGUCUCGAUAAGAAAGUUGUUUCAUCACAAACAACAGGCUCUUUUACAUUACAGCAGUUUCAAGUUGCUCUGGAUCUUUGUAAAGCAGCCUGUGAUUGUAUAUUUGAUUUUUAUAAGACUAUAACUUCUAAACAAAUAUCAAAACAUGUUGUAUGACACUUGUUUUAAAUAAACUGAUAUAUUUCUUUUUA